AUUUUCAGAGUUGAAUUGCAAAAUAGUGCAUAGCAAUCCUUGCAUAAGGUGCACUGAUGUGUAGUUUUAUUUUCUCUCAGUACUUGCAGUUGAUUCCCUUGCUGUAUCUUAAAGUCUGCUUAUUCAUAACUUAAUAAAGUGGUGAUUGCUUUCUAGAUUCAUGACUACUUUGUCUUUGCAGUUCAGGUAUGUGGAAUAUAUGUGCCAUUUUUUAAAAGCCAGUCUGGUGUAGUGUUUAAGGUUGCCCCCCUAAGCUCACUUACCUGUAAGUCACAUUGCAUUCAACAGGACUUAUAGUUGAAUAAACAUAGUUAGGAUUGCAUUGUAAGAGCAUCAGUCUAGGACUGGGGAGGCCCCAAUUCAAAUCUUCACUCAGCUGUGAAACCCACUAGGUAACCUUGAACCAAUCACCAUCUCUCAAUCUUUCCUAUUUCAUCCUCAUCAUGGUGAGGAUGAAAUUGGAGGUGAGGAACUAUGUAUGAUGUAUUGAGUUUAUAGACAAGGUGGGAUUUAAAUCCAAUAGAUAAUGCCAACUCUCUUCUUUCUACCUUCAUGUUUCCCUUAUGUAUUUUGAUUUUGGUGUCUUUGCAAACCUGAGUAUCAUGCAAAGAGCUAAGAUUAGCUAUGGCUCCCCCUGUCAGAUGUAAACUCAGUGGCAAUGUAUUUCCUGUUGUACAAUUAAGUGGUAGAAGCAUUUGCUACACCAGUGGUGCAAAAAUCAAGUUAAGAGAAAGAGGUUCUGAAAAUAAAAGAGGAAUGAAGGAAUGGUCAGUGAACAUGACAAUGUACAGCUUUUAAAUCCAGAUCUUUGAUCCAGGUAUACAAAUUUUUAUGAGGAAACCACCACCACAGUAAUGAGUUAAUUAGCGGCAGAUAAUGGAAUAUGAUGCAGGCUGCUGCACCUUCUUGCACAACCCUCAGUAGCAGACCAUGUGAUAGUACUCUACCAGAUUAUAUCACCUGGAUUUUUUGCUCCACCCUUAUUUUUGCUCCUCUUCCUCCUGUGGAAGGGCUGUGAUUCAGUGGCAGAACAUCUGCUUUGCAUGCAGAAGUUUCCUGGCUUAGUCCCUGACAUAUCCAGGCAGGACUGGGAGAAACCCCUUCCUAAAACUCUGGAGGCCAUGUCUUAACUUCAGCCAUUAGUUUAAAAAGGUAAAGGGCCCCUGGAUGGUUAAGUCCAGUCAAAGGUGACUAUGGGGUUGCAGUGCUCACCUUGCUUCAGGCUGAGGGAACCAGCGUUUGUCCACAGACAGCUUUCUGGGUCAUGUGGCCAGCAUGACUAAACCACUUCUGGCGCAACGGAACACUGUGAUGAAAGCCAGAGUGCACGGAAAUGCCGUUUACCUUCCCACCACAGUGGUACCUAUUAAUCCGCUUGCACUGGUGUGCUUUCAAACUGCUAGGUUGGCAACCAUUAAAACCUUCUUGUCUAGCCACCGAAACACUGCACCUGUCUCUUAGGCCUUGUUGAAUGUGGAUUAGAAUACAGGCAACCACAUAAACAUCUCCAACUGUUUGUGUAUUUCUGUAACUCUGUAAUUCCUGGUGGAAUUGCUGCUUUCCUUACCUUUACAAAUGUGCUGUUGAAAUGAAAUGGCAAGAGGCAAAUCCAGGGGGUGGCAUCAAAUAGCAGACAAAUGGAGAGAUGCUGGACAGUUCCCAAAGAAUGUUCUUUGGUCGACCACCCAGUUCUGUUUGUUCUGUCACAGUAAUAUUGCUAUCUUCAUUACUACUGUGUUAGUAAGAAAGAUAAUGAUGCACAAAAAAUUGUCUUCUGGAACUGCCACUCUGGCUUAGAAAGAGCUAUUAUUAUUGCCCUUUAUGUCAUUGUAUUGUGCUGUCAUUUUCUUUGCCUCUCUGCUCCUCCUCUGCUCAUUUGCUGCGAGUAUAGUUUUGAGAUUUGAAGUGCAUUCCCAUUUUUAGAGUAAGAUUAAAGGAUUUCUCUAAUAGUAAUUGCACUCUUGGCAAAAAAAGGCAAAUGCAUCUUCAGUUAACAGUUUUCCUAACCUUUCUUUUUCAAGCACUCCUUACAUUAGUAGGAGAAAUGUCCCCCUGCCCUUAUUAAUCUAAUUAUCCUAUAAAUAUAUUGUGGAUAAAAGAAGAUUUUUAGAUUAAUUUCUAAACAAUUUUUGUUGGGGGCUUUGGAAGGCAAAAACAUACCCAAAGCAGAUUGGGAUGUGAAAAUCAGGGUUGAAAACCCAAAGAUUAUUUCCCAAAAUAGAAAGAAGUGUCACAGUUUAAAGAGCUUAGGACAGUCCACAGCAGAGCUUGUGCCUCUUAUGAAAUGGAUUUCCUAUUUGUUUUUGUCUCUGUUCCAUUUACAGAAACGGCUAGAUAGUAAAAAGUGGCAUUCUACAGACUACGAGACAUAAUUGCAGCUACAGAUGGGGCUGAAGACAAAUGUUACUUGAAAGGACAGUCUUUUAAUAGUUGCUGUGUGGGGGCAGGUGCAUCAGUAGUGAGGGAAGAGAGUGUUACAAGGUAGUAGGGGAAUGACAACAUUUUUUUAAAGGCUUUUAAAGAGAGAACAUGCUACAUAACUUAAUUUGCUUGAGUCCUAGGAACCUGAAGAAUUGUCCCUUGCAUGCGAAUCUUCCUGUGUUUUAACAUACACAUCAGAGACCCCUCUCUGUGUUGCCAUCAAGUGGAAGGUAAUCAGGGAAAUUGUCUUUUCAGUGGUGGCACCCUGGUUAUAGAAUGCCCUCUUGAUGAUUGCUCAGUUAGUCCAAUUAGCUUUUAUACAAGGCCAAUAUUUAUUUGCUUGACUUUCAUUUUUUUUUUUAAUUAAUAUUUAUUAAGUUUUCAAAGAAUAACAACCAAAGAAUGACCAAAAUGGCGACGAAGGUAGCGGCUUAGUUAACUUCGUCUGCCUUUAGAUUAAGUUUUAAGUAGUUUUAAGUAGUUAUUUUAACCCCCCUCUGGGUUUUUAUUGUUUUAUUGUUUUUAGACUAAGCCUCAAGUAGUUCUAAGUAGUUUUUUUAACCCCUCCGGGCUUUUAUUGCUUUAUUGUUUUAUUACCGGCUUCGUGCUUCAGCCUUGCUGCCUUGCCGCACCCCCCGCUGUGCAUUUAGUGCUGUGGAGCCGAGUAAUCUUCUGAAACGAGUGAGUGGGGAAGGGAAGAGGUCUGGCUGACUCCCCUGCCGUGAAGGGACUCCCCGUCAUUGGAAGGAAAAAACUCAAGGUGGGUGAUCGGAAACACCGAAAAAAAGGUUGAAGCAAGCCCUCAUUGAGUCUCGUCGGAGUCCCGUCUGUGUGAGUAAGACCAUCUUCAGCAAAAUCAGGCUGAUAAAGAGGCUCGGCUUGGAAAAUAAUUACCAUCCUUCACCUUAUAUUAAUUAACCCCCAGCUUCUAUCAGCUUUCAUCAGUAAAAAGGACACUGGGAGCUGACGGAAGAGCUCUCAAACCUUCCUCCCCUCUUCCCUCUUCCAGCUCCACCAAAGAAACAUACUGAGAACCAGCGCUCGCUGAUGAGCUAAGCAGGAGAAAGCUGCAGAUUCAUCCCUACUCAUCCAUUGGCCCUGCUAAUUAGGCAGAAACACUGGGGGACAACUGGUUUUCUAAUAGGAAGACAACUAUCCAACAUGGUCCUCACUAGAAAGUUAUGUAAGGAGUUGGGUAUCUUGCCAGAUACGCCACUUAGCCCCCCGGGACCUGGAAAGAGACAAAGUAAAAUUAUAAAUUACUUCCCCAAGAGGGAGGAAUGCAUGAGUGAACAAAUUGAACCAAUUAUUGACGAAGUCACUCCUCUCCCCCUUACUUAUCUUGACCGGUCACACUACUUCAAAGAGCUUCAACACAACUCUGGAAACACAAAUUCCCCAAGAAGCCUGGCGCAAGAGCUAGUUCUAGCUGAGAAACUUGUGGAAAAUAUUUCUGUCACCUAUAACCAGCGGCCCCUGGCAGAAUUAACAACAUGCCACCAAGACCAGGCGCCCACUUCCAAAUAUACUCAAACUGAACUGAGUGAUGGCCAUCUUCAGGCCCAUUUCCAAGAUAUAAAUAUAGACCUUUCCAACAUAAAAAUUACUUGACAAUAACAAAUGGGUUAUUGCUGACCCUUGUGGAAAAUUUUAUUCCCCAACCAAAAGAGACAACAGCAACCGAUGCACCCCAAGUGCAUAAACCAGAUGAACUUGUGCAUAACCCAGAUGAACUAGUGAAGAUGAGACAAGCAGUAACAACCAAGAAAUUGCAAAAAAUAGAUCAAAAGUCCGGGAAAAGAAAACUAAGAACAUU